CGGCGAGGGGAGGCGGCCCUCCCCCGGAGGAUGAGCCAGCAGCUGCAGGCGGGGAAGAUGUCGGCGGCUCCCCUCGCGCCGCAGGCUCCGGACUCGGCGGCGGCGGGGAUGCUCGAGGGCCGCCAGAGGAAGCUGGAGUCUAUGAUCCGCGAUCCGCGCUCCCCGGUCAACGUGGAGAGCCUGCUGGAUGGCUUGAAUUCUUUGGUCCUUGAUCUGGAUUAUCCGGCGCUGAGGAAGAACAAGAACAUUGAUAAUUUCCUAAAUAGAUAUGAGAAGAUUGUGGAAAAAAUACGAGCUUUACAAAUGAAAGCUGAAGACUAUGAUGUUGUUAAGGUGAUUGGAAGAGGGGCUUUUGGAGAAGUGCAGCUGGUUCGCCAUAAAAUGACACAGAAGGUUUAUGCAAUGAAGCUGCUUAGUAAAUUUGAAAUGAUCAAGAGAUCAGAUUCAGCCUUUUUCUGGGAAGAAAGAGAUAUCAUGGCCUUUGCCAAUAGUCCAUGGGUGGUUCAGCUUUUUUGUGCCUUUCAAGAUGACAAAUACUUGUAUAUGGUAAUGGAAUACAUGCCAGGAGGAGAUCUUGUAAACCUUAUGAGCAAUUAUGAUGUGCCUGAGAAAUGGGCCAAGUUCUAUACAGCCGAAGUUGUUCUUGCUCUUGAUGCGAUUCACUCCAUGGGCUUGAUACACAGAGAUGUGAAGCCUGACAAUAUGCUAUUAGAUAAACAUGGGCACCUGAAGCUGGCAGAUUUUGGCACUUGCAUGAAAAUGGAUGAAACAGGUAUGGUGCGCUGUGACACGGCUGUUGGAACCCCCGACUACAUAUCCCCUGAAGUUCUGAAAUCACAAGGGGGUGAUGGUUAUUAUGGACGGGAGUGUGACUGGUGGUCUGUAGGAGUUUUCCUUUUUGAGAUGCUGGUUGGUGAUACUCCUUUUUAUGCAGACUCCUUAGUAGGGACAUACAGUAAAAUUAUGGAUCACAAGAACUCAUUACAUUUCCCAGAUGAUGUAGAAAUCUCUAAGCAUGCAAAGAACCUCAUCUGUGCCUUCUUAACUGACAGGGACGUGCGACUUGGGAGGAAUGGGGUAGAAGAAAUAAAGCAUCACCCUUUCUUUAAGAGUGACCAGUGGAAUUGGGACAACAUCCGAGAGACUGCUGCUCCUGUUGUUCCUGAGCUUAGUAGUGAUAUAGACAGCAGUAAUUUUGAUGACAUUGAGGAUGACAAAGGAGAUGUGGAAACCUUUCCAAUCCCCAAAGCCUUUGUGGGAAACCAGCUGCCUUUUAUAGGAUUUACCUACUAUAGAGAUAAUUUGUUGCUAAGUGACUCCUCUCAGUCUUGCAGAGAAAAUGAAUCGGUGCAAUCUAGUAAAAAUGAGUUUCAGAAAAAACUAAGCAAGUUAGAAGAACAACUCAGUAAUGAAUUGCAAGCCAAAGAUGAACUAGAACAGAAGUACAGAUCUGCUAAUACUCGUUUAGAGAAGAUAGUGAAAGAGCUAGAUGAAGAGAUAACUUCAAGGAAAAAUGUAGAGUCUGCAGUCAGACAACUAGAAAGGGAGAAGGCUCUUCUUCAGCAUAAGAAUACAGAAUACCAGAGAAAAGCAGAACAUGAAGCAGAUAAGAAACGCAAUUUGGAAAACGAGGUUAACAGUUUGAAAGAUCAGCUUGAAGAUUUAAAAAAGAGGAAUCAGAACUCUCAAAUAUCCAAUGAGAAAAUCAAUCAACUACAAAGACAGUUGGAUGAGGCCAAUUCUUUGCUGCGAUCGGAGUCUGAAACUGCAGCCAGGCUAAGGAAGAACCAGACUGAAAGUACAAAGCAAAUCCAGCAGUUGGAAGCUAAUAAUCGAGAACUACAGGAUAAGAACUGCCUGCUAGAGAAUGCUAAACUCAAACUGGAGAAGGACUUUCUCAAUCUUCAGUCUGCUCUAGAAUCAGAAAGGAGAGAUCGAAGUCAUGGAUCAGAGAUUAUCAGUGAUUUACAAGGUCGAAUAUCGAGCCUGGAAGAAGAAGUGAAAAAUGGAAAGAGUGCAUUAGCCAAACUAGAAAUGGAGAAAAGGCAAUUGCAGGAAAAACUUACAGAUUUAGAAAAGGAAAAGAGCAACAUGGAAAUAGAUAUGACAUACAAAUUCAAAGUUAUGCAGCAGAACCUUGAGCAAGAGGAAGCUGAACAUAAAGCCACAAAAGCACGACUGGCAGACAAAAAUAAGAUUUAUGAAUCUAUAGAGGAGGCAAAAUCUGAAGCCAUGAAAGAAAUGGAGAAGAAACUUUUGGAAGAGAGAGCUUUGAAGCAAAAAGUGGAAAAUCGGUUGUUAGAAGCUGAAAAGCAGCGCUCCAUGUUGGAUUGUGAUCUCAAACAAUCACAGCAGAAAAUAAAUGAACUCCUUAGGCAAAAGGAUAAACUAAAUGAAGAUGUUAAAAACCUGACUUUAAAAAUAGAGCAAGAAACACAAAAGCGUUGUCUCACUCAAAAUGACCUCAAGAUGCAAACACAACAGGUCAACACCUUGAAAAUGUCAGAGAAGCAGCUAAAACAGGAGAAUAACCAUCUUCAGGAAAUCAAAUUAAGUCUGGAGAAACAAAAUAAUGAACUCCGCAAGGAACGUCAAGAUGCAGAUGGACAAAUGAAAGAGCUUCAAGACCAACUUGAAGCUGAGCAGUAUUUCUCAACUCUGUAUAAGACACAAGUUCGAGAACUUAAAGAAGAAUGUGAGGAGAAGACCAAACUUUGUAAAGAGAUGCAGCAAAAGAUACAAGAGUUACAGGAUGAGAGAGAUUCCUUGGCAGCACAGCUAGAAAUCACUUUGACAAAAGCAGAUUCAGAACAACUUGCACGUUCCAUUGCUGAAGAACAGUACUCUGAUUUGGAAAAAGAGAAGAUUAUGAAAGAACUGGAGAUUAAAGAAAUGAUGGCUCGGCAUAAACAGGAGCUUACUGAGAAGGAUGCCACCAUAGCCUCUUUGGAGGAAGCAAAUAGAACACUAACAAGCGACGUGGCUAAUCUUGCUAAUGAGAAAGAAGAACUAAACAAUAAACUGAAGGAGGAACAAGAACAAAUUGCAAAGUUAAAAGAAGAAGAAGCAAAUAUAGGAAAUAUUAAAGCACAGUUUGAAAAACAACUGUUGAAUGAAAGAACACUGAAAACCCAGGCUGUGAAUAAAUUGGCUGAGAUCAUGAAUCGGAAGGGUCCAGUCAAACGUGGAGCUGACACCGACGUACGGCGGAAGGAGAAGGAAAAUAGGAAACUGCAUAUGGAACUGAAAUCUGAACGAGAGAAGUUAACACAAAUGAUGAUCAAGUAUCAGAAAGAAAUCAAUGAAAUGCAGGCACAAAUAGCAGAAGAGAGUCAGAUACGAAUUGAGCUCCAGAUGACUCUGGACAGCAAAGACAGUGACAUUGAACAGCUUCGGUCACAACUACAGUCAUUACACAUUGGUCUAGACAACAGUAGCAUAGGCAGCGGGCCUGGAGAUGCUGAGGCAGACGAUGGAUUCCCUGUCCAUAUCACUCAGUCCCACACUAUGGAAUCCAUGUCUUUUACCUACAAGCACUCUUCCACCUCUGUCAGUAUUGCCACUAAGCCUUCCAGUUCUCGCAUGCUUCUCGAUUCUGAUUCUGACUCAGAAGAAGAACCUUUGUCUUGUUCUCACAGCCCUACAGAAGUUGAUAGCACAGAAUCAAGAUUGGAAGGCUGGUUAUCCCUACCUGUUCGAAAUAACACUAAAAAAUUUGGUUGGGUUAAAAAGUAUGUAAUUGUAAGCAGUAAGAAGAUCCUGUUCUAUGACAGCGAACAAGAUAAAGAGCAAUCCAAUCCCUAUAUGGUAUUAGACAUAGACAAACUAUUCCAUGUCCGACCAGUCACCCAGACUGAUGUGUACAGAGCAGAUGCCAAGGAAAUUCCAAGGAUAUUCCAGAUUCUAUAUGCUAAUGAAGGAGAGAGCAAAAAGGAGCAGGAAUUUCCUGUGGAGCCUAUGGGAGAGAAGUCAAAUUAUAUUUGUCACAAAGGACACGAGUUUAUACCUACUCUUUAUCACUUUCCAACCAAUUGUGAAGCUUGUAUGAAGCCUCUUUGGCAUAUGUUUAAACCUCCUCCUGCUCUGGAAUGUCGCCGUUGCCAUAUCAAAUGUCACAAAGAUCAUAUGGAUAAAAAAGAAGAGAUUAUAGCACCUUGCAAAGUGUAUUAUGAUAUUUCAACGGCGAAGAAUCUACUACUGUUAGCUAAUUCUACAGAAGAACAGCAAAAAUGGGUGAGCCGACUGGUGAAAAAAAUACCCAAGAAACCUCCAGCACCAGACCCCUUUGCUAGAUCUUCUCCCAGAACUUCUAUGAAGGUACAGCCAAACCAGUCCAUCAGACGACCAAGUCGACAGCUUCCUCCAAACAAACCAAGAUUACUUGAUCUGGCAUUUAAAGACUGGGAUUGGUCAUUUGAUGAUGUUGAUGAUAUUGAUGAUGAUGAUGAUGAUGAUGACGAUGUUUUUGAUUUCUGAAGAAGUAUAAGGGCUAACUGCUUUCCAUGAAUGCAGACGCAACUCGAGGUGAUAAUUUUCUUCCUGUUACAGCAAGACUGAAACAUAUCCCAAAAUAUAUUAAAAAUAUAUAUUUUCCUGAGAGAUUGUGCUAUAUAUAUCAGAGGUUUACAUUUUUGCUGCAAUAUAAAUUACUAAUCUCUGAGGGUUUUCCUGUAUUCCCCCGAGUGACUGAUCAAACGAGGAAUGGCUGGUAAAUACUAAAAGGAUAUGUUAGGUCACCUUUUAAAUUCUGUUCCACAAAAGCUUUCUCGGCAAGACACAUACACUACAUUUCAUAAAAGGAUUGAGAGCAAUGAGUAUUUAAACUGAAGAAAGUGACUUCUCAGCUUUCAUGAAGAUGCCACCAGCAUGCCUGCGAGAACAGGAGGACGAUCCAUCGUAGUGAUAUAGACUGCAUCUGUAAGAAGUGACCAUUAUACUGUGUAUAUAUAUUGUACUGUAAUACUGCAAGAGGGUUUUAAAAAUCUUUCCACUUUAUUUUUUUAUGCUUAUUAAUCAGAUACCGUUACUUAUUGCAGUUGCAACUAUGCACUUGUAUAAAGCCAUAAUGUUGAAGUUUAUAUCAUUCAUACAUGUCUAUCAAAAGCUGCAUGUCAGUGUUCAGCAGCUAGUUCAAAGUAUAUGCUAGUUUCAGCUGCGUCAUCAUGGGCAGUCCUGUUUUACCUGUCUAAUUGCCUUAAUUUAAUUUUUUUUUCGAGUUUUUUUUGGCCCAUUCUCUGUAUUUAAGGAAAAAAAGGUUUACCAGCUCUUAGGAUGCAAUUUUGCUUUGUGGCAGAAAAAAAUAGUGCACUAUUUUUACACCUAGUAGGUAUAUCAAUGUCAACUUACUUUGAAUGUAUAUCGACUGGUUUUGAGGGUGGAGAAGUGUUGGUUACAAAAACAAUGUCUGAUAAGAAUGGACUUACUAGACCACGUGUUUAUACAUGUAACUGCUCAUCCAGCCCUUCUUACAAACCUCAAUAUAGUUAUUGACUUAUA